CUUUGCGCAUUUUUUUUCUGUUUAAAAGUAAUCUGCGCUGGACGCAGACUGGGAUGUGAUCACUUUAAGAGAGUUGGCGUAGGAGUCCUAUUACUUGUUAGUGAGCGGUGGCUACACGGUGAUUAAUUGGCCCUCAGAGGAGCGACUGUCAGCGCUUUGAGCUGUCAACGACUGGUUCCAGAGGCAGGAGGGAGUUCAUUCAGGUGUGCACUCGACGCUCUUCUCCACCAAAGCUCGAAGCCGAAAUCAUUACCACCGUUGCUUUAUAAGAAGGUUCGGCUUGGGGGAUAGAAAGAGCCCACUCCUGCAUUUUAAACAAGGAUAACACGCUUGGACAUGGAAAGCUUUCACAGCGACCCUACGUAACAAAUUCCACAAUCAACGCUGGAUUCCUGCAAGAAGGUUGACACUUACCUAUGACCAUUGCGUUUGUCCCGGGGAAUGGUUCAGCCUAAAAAAAGUCCAAUGGAUUCUGCAGCCGUUUCAAAGGCCGUAAUCGAGGAUAGUCCAGGUUCCAGCCCCAGUCCCAGCCCCUGUCCGGAUUCCGAUUCUCUAACCUGUCCCACUCGAAAGCACUCUGAAUUGCAAUCUCGCCCGAAAGUGGUUCGCAUCAGGGGCAGGCCUGCAGCAGCAAACGCAGCGCGGGAGCGGAGCCGAGUACAAACCCUGCGACAUGCUUUCUUAGAGCUGCAAAAAACUCUACCGUCAGUCCCUCCGGACACUAAACUGUCCAAACUGGAUGUCCUAAUCCUAGCAACCACCUAUAUUGCACAUCUAACCCGCACCCUGGAAGAAAGUUUGGAGGAAGGAGAAGGUCGAAGAUCUGCUGAGUUAAUGCAUUCCCUCAAAGUGGACGGAUAUCUGCAUCCGGUCAAAAAAUGGCCGAUGCGAUCCAGGUUGUAUGUCGGUGCAACGGGACAGUUUCUGAAUUCGGGUCAAUCGGAGAUUCAAACUCAAGCAAAGACGACCAACCCCGACCCCGUCUAAAUAGGAGACUACCUCAAAACUCAACGCACGGCUUCUAACGUUAAUUGUCGAACCAAAGUCACAUUGGCUAUUCUUAAAUUGGCUUUUUGAAACGUAAAUGAACAUUAUCAAGAUACAGAUAUUCACAGAAAUAAGUAAACAUAUAUACAGUACAGUAAUUGAAGAGAACUAUUCAAAUGAAAGUGAUGAUCUAAAAAAAAUCGUUUAAUUUUAAAUGUAUGAAAAACAUGAACAUAUUUCGCGAUUUACUAAUAAACCAAGCGUUAUUUGUGAAAUCUUUAAAUAAUGCGUGCCGGAGACCUUUCAGUGAUGUCCGACGUAAUGACAUUGAAGCACCGUCGCUUCAACUUUGAGAAGUGAGGAAGUUGACAUUUUCAGUUCAAGUGUUUACUGCUUCUGGUGCUGAAAGGCUUGAGUCGGGUUGCCGGGAUUGAAAACUCAGCGCGACUGAUCGGCUGUGCACUUUCAAUUCAAAUAGGUUUGCACUAAAAUCAGGAAUGA